AUGGGUGAUAGCAGUGUUCCAUCUGGGUCUCCAAAUGCAAAACCAGAUCUUGUUGAUGGAGACUCAGUGGUUUCCAAUAACGCCUCAUUGGAAACUAUUGUGCAGACUUUCCAAGAUUCAAUGACUCUUGGUAAGAGACAUAAGUUCUGGGAGACACAACCUGUUGGGCAAUAUAAGGAUGUUGGGGACGCAAGUUUGUCAGAAGGCCCCAUUGAACCCCCAACACCUUUGUCUGAGGUUAAGCAGGAACCUUAUAACCUUCCUAGUGCAUAUGAGUGGACCACAUGUGACAUGGACUCUUCGGAAACCUGUGAUGAGGUUUAUGUUCUGCUGAAGAAUAACUAUGUUGAGGAUGAUGAAAACAUGUUCAGGUUCAACUACUCCAAGGAGUUUCUCAGGUGGGCACUGCGUGUUCCCGGGUAUUACCGAAGUUGGCACAUUGGUGUGCGUGCCAAGGCGUCGAAGAAGUUGGUUGCUUUCAUCAGUGGCAUCCCGGCAAGGAUCAGAGUUAAUGAGGAUGUUGUGAAGAUGGCUGAGAUCAAUUUCUUGUGUGUUCAUAAGAAGCUCAGGUCGAAAAGGCUUGCACCUGUUAUGAUCAAGGAGGUCACCAGGAGGGUUCAUUUGGAGAAUAUUUGGCAGGCAGCUUAUACAGCUGGGGUUGUGCUUCCAACGCCAAUCACAACUUGUCAGUAUUGGCACCGAUCAUUGAAUCCGAAGAAGCUAAUUGAUGUUGGAUUUUCAAGGCUUGGUGCGAGGAUGACGAUGAGUCGCACAAUAAAACUUUACAAAUUGCCAGAUUCCCCGGUUACUCCUGGAUUCAGGAAAAUGGAGCUUCGGGAUGUCCCUGCUGUCACUCGGCUGCUUAGAAACUACCUGAGCCAGUUUGUUGUUGCACCCGAUUUUGAUGAAAAUGAUGUAGAACAUUGGCUACUUCCCAAUGAAAAUGUGGUGGAUAGUUUCCUCGUGGAGAGUCCAGAGAAUCACGAGAUCACUGACUUCUGCAGCUUUUAUACUCUCCCUUCUUCUAUCCUUGGAAAUCAAAAUUACUCAAUUUUGAAAGCUGCUUAUUCUUAUUAUAAUGUCUCCACCAAAACCCCAUUGACUCAGUUGAUGAAUGAUGUGCUAAUAGUAGCAAAGCAAAAGAAUUUUGAUGUUUUCAAUGCCUUGGAUGUAAUGCACAAUGAGAGUUUCCUCAGAGAGCUCAAGUUUGGGCCGGGAGAUGGACAGCUUCACUACUACUUGUACAAUUAUAGGAUUCGUAAUGCCUUGAAACCAUCUGGACUUGGGCUUGUGCUUUUGUAG